AUGUGCGGUUCUUUGGCAGGUCUUCAUGCAAUGACCGGAUGCAAUUAUUUCCCAGCUUUGUACCGCAAAGGAAAGAAGAAGCCGUUGCAAAUUAUUUUGCAGAAUGAGGAAUUCCAAGGUGUUUUUAUUAACAACGCGAAGAAAGCUUUUCCGUGUUUGAACGAUUUGUGUGCAGUUUUGUUUUUUAUUUCUCUAAUAUACAGAAUAAUUAACAAGUCAUACAUCGCUUUGUACGAAAUGUUAUACAUUCUUGCAGGCUGUAUGGUUAAAACCACAUCAAUACUGUUAACGAAGUCAAAUCGCCUUUAUUUUUAA